CGCACCCGGAAGUGAAGCGCCUCCGUAACGGAGCGGUGGCGCGGCUGGCGGGCCCGAGGGUCCAGUUUAUUUUGGAGGAAGUCACUGCGUCGAACCUGAGAAGCAGGUGAGGAAGGCAAAAUUCUACGGUGGAGGUACAGCGUGCCAGGUGCACAUGGGGAGGCACUGUGCAAAGAGAUUCACGCUUAGGUAGGAAAGCAGCUGGGAAAUACAAUUCCCGUAGUGCUCCACGCCUUCCGUUCCGGCUAGCGAUGACGUGCUGCAUUCUGGGAUUUGUAGUCUUCCUCCUCCCGCUUGGAAGGUGCGAUCAGUACCACUUCAAAUACAGGUGUUUGACAGGUAGACUCUGCUAAGUUGGGACUGUUGGUGCCGGCAUUGUUCUGCUCCUGUCAUAACUUCUCCGGGAAAAGGUGCCAUUUCUGUCCUGAAUUACUGUCCCCAGUGAGAGGCGUGGACAGUGGGCACUCUUGCCAACGCCUACGAUGCUUUCAGGCUGUACAGCUAUCGGCUGACCAUGGCCCUUUCUGUGGAGACGGAGUCGCACAUCUACCGAGCUCUGCGCACUGCCUCCGGGGCUGCAGCCCACCUUGUGGCGUUAGGGUUUACCAUCUUCGUGGCUGUGCUUGCCAGACCUGGCUCCAGUCUAUUCUCCUGGCAUCCUGUUCUUAUGUCUCUGGCUUUCUCCUUCCUGAUGACUGAAGCACUCCUGAUGUUCUCUCCUGAGAGUUCACUGCUGCGUUCCCUCUCAAGGAAGGUCCGAGCACGCUGCCACUGGGUGCUACAGCUGCUAGCCCUACUCUGUGCUCUGCUGGGUCUAGGUCUCGUCAUCCUCCACAAAGAGCAGCUUGGCAAAGCACACCUGGCCACUCGACAUGGGCAGGCAGGGCUGUUAGCUGUGCUGUGGGCAGGUCUGCAGUGUUCAGGGGGUGUGGGGCUGCUCUACCCAAAGUUGCUGCCCCGGUGGCCCCUGGCAAAACUGAAACUCUACCAUGCCACUUCUGGGUUAGUGGGCUACCUGCUGGGUAGUACCAGCCUCCUACUGGGCAUGUGUUCACUCUGGUUCACCGCCAAUGUCACUGGUGGUGCCUGGUACCUGGCUGUGUUGUGCCCCAUCCUCACCAGUUUGGUAAUCAUGAACCAAGUGAGCAAUGCCUACUUAUACCGCAAGAGGAUCCAACCGUGAGCACCGGCCAGCUGUUGGAGAGCCUGGAGUUGGACCUCAGCUGGGGACCUGUUGGACUCUCACAGCUGACUGGGUUGGGGGACAUUUCAGGUACUAGGGCACUCAGGGGUAGAAAUGUGACAUUUUUGCUCCUCCCUUUCUUGCUGUCAGCCCAGGGGAGCGUGGGUCACAUGUCUGGAUAAAGGUGGGGUGCAGCAGUCUCCCAGCCACACAGCUUGUGUUUGUACUGCUGUGUCCAAAAAUCAUGGAGGAAAGAAGUAAAAUAAACAGACAAAACUUGA